ACGCUGCACCUCUGGGAGAUCUACCAGAAGGAGGGCUGCUCCCACCUGGAGGAGACCCGCAGCUUCGGCCUCCCGGCGCGCCCCGGCUGCUCCCCCAGCAUCACGCGGGUGACGGUGAUCCUGCCCAUGGCCCUGGGCGCCGUGGCCUGCCUGGGCACCGAGGGCGGCGCGGUUUACUUCGUCACGCUGCCCGGCCUCGUGCUGCUGGAGGACAAAACCCUCUUCCAGGACGAGAUCCUGCAAAGCGUGCCCGAUGAGUACCGCUGCGGGAAGGCGCUGGGGCCGGUGGAGUCCAUCCAGGAGCACCCCCGCGACGCCGGCAGGCUCCUCAUCGGGUACAGCCGCGGGCUGGUGGCCCUGUGGGACCAGAGCACGCGCGCCGUCCAGCAUCUCUUCCUGGGGAACCAGCAGCUGGAGAGCCUGGCCUGGGAGCACAGCGGGAAGAGCAUCGUCAGCUCGCACAGCGACGGCGGCUACAUGGUGUGGGCGGCCGGCGGCGGCGGGCAGAGGACCCAGCAGCCCGUCCUGUCCACCAUCCCCUACGGUCCCUUCCCCUGCAAAGCCAUCAACAAGAUCCUGUGGCGGACCUGCGAGUCGGGGUAG